UCGAUAUACCGGAACCUUGAUACAACGGAACAUAAGUAAAGUCCAAUUGGGGUCUGGAGCGGAUUAUCAUAAUCUAUAAUUAAUUUACCCUCGAUAUAACGGAUUUUGACAAAUUUUAAUAAUGGAAUGGAUGGUUCCAUUAUAUCAAGUUUCACUCUUUGUCUCUUUACCUCUUUGGCUCAACAUCCGUUUACAAUUAUCUGGUCAGUUACACAUGGUCCAGGCGAUAUGUUCUUCGAUAUUAAUAAAACAGAAUAACAUUAUAUCAAUAUCAGUGAUAAUGCUCCGUAAGCCCUUCCCUUCAUCAUUUUAUGAUUUAGAUGAAAUUCAAAAUGUUUGCACGUUAUAUUAUGUGAUUGAAAUUGAUGGUUGAACUUUCUGCGGAUGUUUCUUCCUAGCACAGUUUUUUCUUGGUCAAAAACUAGUAGUUUUAAUAUACAGAUUAUACCAGAAUUUCAAGGUUGAAUGCUAAUGAUUCACAUGUUCACUAAUUUUUUUUAAUGACAAUUAGCUAUUUUUAAAGAAGCAUUUAACAACCAUUCAUUAAGGGCUGAAUAAUCUGUAACUAUGUUAAAGUAAAUACCGAUCGAUGUAUUUUAUAAUAUUGCGGUGCGAGAGUAAUAAUUAUACCAAAAUAAAUUCCUCACGAACUAUAAGUAAAUUUCUACGUUUUUGUAAAAGUGAAUCGAAACCAGAGAGUG